AUGGCGGACGUCUCCAGUGAGAAGGGGCGACUUCUACCCAAGGAAGCCAGUGGCCAUCCGCCUUCGCCACUGGCUGAGCGUCCCUCUACCAAAGACACUACAGCGCAACGGGAUGGUGCACUUCACGCCGGAUCGACCGCAUAUUCGUAUCAAACAGUUCCAACUGUCGCAGGAAACUCCAAUGAAUCGCAUUAUGACGGCGGAGUAGUGGCUCCAACAACAACUGGUCAACAUGUGGUAGACGGAACAGUUGGUCCAGACUCUCCUGGGCAACGAGAGUCUGCGGAAGAGAAGGCAGAUGACGGAGCCUCUUCAAGCGAAAGAGAGGCACACAAGAAGAACAACGAGAGUAAGACGGCAGCAGAACUUGAAGCUGAAGCAGACAAGUUAGAGCAAACAGAGACGAGAUCCGUAAACUACGACACGCGAGGUCUGACGUCCGAUCAAGUUACGGAACUGAGGAAGGAAUAUGGAUGGAACGAAGUGAAGCCGCGGCAGGUACCUGAAUGGUUUAAAGUGUUGAAAAAAUAUCUCUCCCUUGUGCCCAUCCUGUUGAUCGUCGCGGCUCUUUUCGCAGUUUGCGUGGUGGAAGACAACAUGCGUGACUGGUUUUCUUUCGCUCUUCUUAUCUUUUUGAACAAUUCAAUGGUCUGGGCAGAUUACAUUGGACAGCGCUCCGCACACAACGCCAUCGCAGCUGUGGAAAAGCUGGGAGCCCCUAUCUGCCAGGUGAAGAGAGACGGAGAAUGGCAGAAUCGAGAAGUGCGCGAACUCGUGCCAGGAGACAUUGUCCACCUUAAGGCGGGCGUCAUCAUGCCGGCUGAUGGAGUGUUCGUGACCAAUGGGGCGACCGUGACCGUUGACGAAUCUGCUCUGACAGGAGAAUCUGUGCCCAUCCGAAAGCACCCGGGGGCGCCACUUCUCUCAGGAUCUGUGGUAGACAAGGGUGAGGGGGAAAUGCUUGUGACUAAGACGGGCAACGAUUCCUUUUACGGCAAAACGUUGUCGUUGCUGGCGCGCGCUGAGCGACAAGGCUAUCUGGAAACUGUUCUGCAUAGGGCACAGCUGUUCAUCACCUUCGUCGCCGCAUGUUGUGCCGUGUUCCUCUUCUUCUGGCAGUCCUUUCAUCCUGACUGGAAAUUGAUUAUCCCGGAAAGACGCUAUCUUAUUGCGCUGAAGCAUGCAUUCAUCUUGAUUGCGUCUGUCGCGCCGGCCGCGAUGCCAGUGGUUACGACCACGGUUUUGUCAGUGGGGGCUCUGACCAUCACGAAACAGAAUGCGGCUGUUUCUCGAUUGUCUGCGAUCGAAGAGGCAGCCGGAGUUGUGAUACUCUUUAGCGAUAAGACGGGAACGUUAACGAAAAAUGAGCUUUCCCUUUUCAAAGAGGAGUCCAUGCUAGAGCCCGGAUACGACGAAAAAACCAUGCUUCUCUACGCAAGUCUCUGCAGCGAUACGCAGGAACCGGAACCAAUAGACCGAACGAUCAACGGAGCUGCCGACAUGGCAGAGAGAGCAAAGUACCGCAUUCUUGAGUAUGUACCUUUCAACCCUGUCGACAAGAGAACCGAGGCGACUGUAGUUGGCCCGGACGGGAAGAAGUUCGUGACGACAAAAGGCGCUCCGCAGGUAAUCAGGGACCUCGUCUGCUACGAAGACCAGGAGCUGCGUCAGCGGUUGAACGAACUGAUUCUGAAUAAAGCAAAGCGGGGACUUCGGACUCUCGGAGUUGCAGUGAAACCUCUGCCAGAGGGUGUGGCUGGUAACGCACCCCGUUGGCAGCUUGUUGGGUACUUGUCGUUGUUCGACCCGCCUCGUGAAGACACUGCCGCUACAAUCAAGAGGGCAAACGAGUUGGGGAUUCGUGUGAUCAUGAUAACAGGCGAUCAGCAGGCCAUUGCAGUUGAGACUGCCAGGCAGCUGCACAUGGGCACAAACAUCGUCGGCCCAGAAGUAUGGAAAGAAGAGAAAGAGACGGGUAUGGUACAGGGGAAGCCUCUUGCCGAAUUUAUUGAAACCGUUGACGGUUUCGCUGGCGUCUUCCCAGAACAUAAGUACGCUAUAGUGAAUGCGAUGAUGGAUGCACACAAGCUAGUAGCAAUGACAGGCGAUGGAGUCAACGACGCCCCAGCAUUGAAGCGUGCGACUAUCGGUAUCGCGGUUAGCGGUGCGACUCAGGCGGCGAGGGCGGCAGCAGAUAUCAUUCUGUUUGCACCCGGCCUAAAAACGAUUAUUACUGUCAUGUCCCUAUCGAGGCAAAUCUUCAAGCGCGUUGAAUCAUACAUUAUUUUCCGCAUAUUCACUAGUUUGAUAAUCUUGGGUAUGUGGUGGGGAAGCAUUGUCAUUCUGAGAUACCAGUUCCCAUCUUGGACGUUGGUUCUCAUGUCCAUGAUUAAUGACUUCGUUUUGAUGAGUUGCUCACGCGAUCGGGUUUCGAGUUCGAGCUCACCCAUGAUAUGGUCAAUGAUGCGGGUAAUUUUUCUCUCCAUUUGGCUUGGUUUCCUCGCGACAGUUUCCAUUUUGCUCUAUGUUGUGUUCGCAGACCCCUCACAUCUUGUCAACUGGUGGCCCCGAUGGGGAUUACCAAAGUUUAUUCCUGACUGGCCUCUCCCUGUUUCUGAGCACUUCAUGAGCUACCAGACAAAUGCUGGUGUGUGGCUUCUUAUGACUGUCCUUAUCCAGCUUUCGUUUCAAAGUGUUCGAACCCGAGGUGUGUUUUGCUGGUACAACAAGGAUAACCAGUUUCCGGCUCUCGUUAUCAUCAUUCCUCAAGUCUGUGCCGUACUUCUGACAAUAUUCCUUUCAAUCUACUGGAAGAUCGCAUGGAGGCCGGGGUCGGGACCACGUAUGGUGGGUCUCAAUUGGGGUCAGGCGUGGGUCACGAUCUUUUGGGGCCUCCUGUGGUUUUUUGUGAUGGACGCGACCAAGAUUGGCUUCUACAAGUAUGCGUGGCCCAUGAUAUCACGGAAUAAAAUGUACCACGCUGUAACUAUGGAGACACCCUGCCGACAGGAAAUCGAGAACCGCAACGUAGCAUUGAAAGCAAUGGAGGACACGAUGCGGUUUCUGCAGGAACGCGAGCGUAAGGUGGACAAGUUUGAGGAAAAGGUGGAAGACGUAUUUCUUACCGCUAUCACGGAUGCCGGCGAGCUUGGCAAGAAGGACCAUGGACGAGAUGGUCACAUCCACAAAACAGAGCACAAAGUAUCGUCAGAGCCAGGUGUAACUGGCACGCCGGUCAAGGCCUCCCCGCCUAAGGAGGAGGCUGAUUCUUUUGUUGUUUCAAUUACGAGUGAAGGGGGGACGUGCAGGGCGGGUCUGGAAGAUGCCGUUGCAGGCGGGGCGAAGCAAGGACUCGACACGGACCAGAAAACGACGGAAGUGUCGCACGACCUUGAGAACUUGAGCUCCGGAACCCAUCCGAAUGUUCAUACAGGAGGCGAGGUACCUCCGAUAACCCGUUGA